AUGUCUAAUCCCGACACGCCGAUUACACUGGCGGAGUCCCAGGGCGAAAGCGCCCUGCGCCAGGACUCCACGCAACCUUCGUCCCCGGCGACAGACGCCGGCGAACAAGACACCAAGCCCACUUCGGACGACAAGAUGGACGCACCUGAAGAUUCGGAGGAGAUGGACACUGGGUCGAAAGCGCUCAUGACCCUGUUGAAAUCGAGCGAAGUGUUUGUAGCUAUCAUGGCCGAUCGAAUGAAGGAGCAGCAGGAAGAAGCGCGACUCGAAGCGGCGAAGCAACAGAAGCAGCAAGCUUCGGGGACGAAGAAACCCGCUGCCUCCAAGGAACAGACCCAAAAGCGCGAGACUCGCACAAGUGCGCGGCGGAACACGACGAGCGAACCAACGCCCACCGAGAAGACGGAACCCGACGAACAGACAGAGCAAAGGCCGAAAAGAGGGCGAGGCAGGAAGGCCGCCCCGGCUAAUGGCAACGCGAUCUCGAACUACUUCAAGAAAGCGGAUGUGAAAGUGACGGAGGAUAACCCUACGGUGAAGGAGGCCCUGGAACAUGCUGCAGAUGAGUACGAAGCAAACCCCACGGCUUUGGGUGGGCAGGAACUUGUUGCCACACAGCAGCCGGACUUGGUGACCGGGGGUAAGAUGAGAAAGUAUCAAUUGGAGGGAUUGGAAUGGCUCAAGUCCCUUUGGAUGAAUGGUUUGUGCGGAAUCUUGGCGGACGAGAUGGGUCUUGGUAAAACCGUCCAGGCCAUCUCCCUGAUUGCCUUCUUUAAGGAGAAGAAGAUCUCCGGGCCCUUUUUGAUCGCUGCGCCGCUCAGUACCGUGAGCAAUUGGGUGGAUGAAUUUGCAAGGUGGACUCCUGACAUUAAGACUGUGCUAUACCAUGGCAGCAAAGACGAGCGUGCCGAGCUCCGGAAGGAGUUAAUGAACCCGAAGAACCAGAGAGACAUGGAUUUCCCGGUGGUCUGUACCUCCUAUGAGAUAUCCAUGAAUGAUCGGAAAUUCCUUUCGCAAUACCAAUGGCGCUACAUUAUUGUGGAUGAGGGCCAUCGUUUGAAAAAUAUGAACUGCCGGCUCAUCAAAGAGCUGCUCACCUACAACUCCGCGAACAGACUGCUGAUCACGGGCACACCUUUGCAGAACAAUAUCACCGAGCUGUGGUCGCUGCUGCAUUUCUUAUUGCCGGAGAUAUUCAACGAUCUCAACAGUUUCCAGAGCUGGUUUGACUUCUCCUCGAUGCUGGACAAUAGUGGUCAGACGGAUGUCAUCGAACGACGAAAGCGAAACUUGGUCUCCACGAUGCACUCCAUCCUGAAGCCCUUCCUGCUGAGACGCGUGAAAACGGAUGUUGAAACCUCUCUGCCCAAGAAACGCGAAUACAUUCUAUACGCGCCUCUCACGGCCGAGCAGAAGGAUUUAUACCGCGAGAUCCUGAAUGGCACGGGCCGUCAAUAUCUCGAGGAUAAAGCCCGCGAAAGACUGUUUGCUCGGAAUGAGAGGCUAUCGCGUUCAGGAAGCGUGAAACGCAGCGCCGAUAGCAGCGGUUAUGCCACCCCCAAUAAGAGCAUCAAGUCGAGUCGCGGGUCUACCCCUGCCAGUGCAACCGGAUCUAUUCGUAGAAACCGCGGGCCACAGACCUACAAAGAACUGAGUAAUCGUGAGUUCAACGCGAAGCUAAGGAGACUCGAGCAGGGCAUCGAGGAUGAUCUGGAUAUGGAAGGCCCUGGUGAGAGCGAGGAAGAAGAGAUCGAACGAGCGAAGACGAUCAAGCUCGCAAAGAAAGAGAUUGCCCAGAAGAAGAUGCAAAACCCCGUCAUGCAAGCACGUCUAGCAUGCAACUCUCCGCACAAUUUCUACUGGCCCUGGGAAGACGGGCCUAUCGACAAAUCGCUUGUCACUGCUUCAGGGAAAAUGCUUCUUCUAGACCGCCUAGUACCCUGUCUGCUCAAGAAGGGCCACAAGAUCCUCAUCUUCUCCCAAUUCAAGACCCAAUUAGAUCUGCUCCAGGACUGGGCCACGCAGCUUCGCUCCUGGCACUGCUGUCGCAUCGACGGCGCGAUCAGCCAGGCGGACCGCCAGGCCCAGAUCAAAGCUUUCAACACCGAUCCUCGAUACAAGCUCUUCCUGCUUAGCACACGUGCCGGUGGUCAGGGCAUCAACCUGACGGCCGCAGACACCGUCAUUUUAUAUGACUCCGACUGGAACCCGCAGCAGGACCUCCAGGCCCAGGAUCGGGCCCAUCGCAUUGGACAGACCAAGCCCGUGAUCGUCUACCGUCUCGCUACGAAGGGAACCGUCGAACAGACCCUGCUUGAGAAAGCCGACUCGAAACGCCGCUUGGAGAGGCUCGUCAUCCAGAAGGGUAAGUUUAAGAACCUUCUGGAUAGCGGCGCGGGCAUGAACCAGAACGACGUGGACGACCUCAGAAAUGCCCUUGGAGAAGACGAAUACGAACUGUUCGAAGCAGUUGCCGACUCUUCCACGCUCCUAUCUCAAAAGGACCUUGACAUCCUGACCGAUCGCAGCGAAGAGGCAUAUGCGCGUGCCGAGAAGGGCCUGGACCAGAGCGGACUGGCUUUCCUGGCCGUGGAGACGAAAAAGGAUGCUGGCCUAAUGGCUCAGAUCGCCGGGAAAUGA